GGGAAGCUUUUAUCAUUUUCAUAAUAUGUAUAUACACAUAGUCAAAACCAACGUGUUCUAAAUAGAAGAUUUUUGUGUAUAAUAAUCAAGAAGGUAAAUGUAAGUUACUCCAGUUGAAGAGAAAGAAUGGCAUCCCCUUUUCGGCAUUCAGUAGGCCGAGGAGACCAAACGUAUUCAACAACGCAACAAUCCUACCCAGAACCCUCACCUCAGGGGUUUGGUGGAAUUACUGGAGGACCCCAAGGAAUUGGACCAGUAGUACCUUCAGAUCAGGCAUCUAUGGGUGAUAGUGGAGGGACAAGUUCACUGAAUGCAGGUCCAGAUGGUGGACAACCCACUCCAACUCAUCGGGAUGUUAAUAUGGCCAUUUUAUGUCGGUUAGGUCAAGAAACUGUUCAAGAAAUUGUUUCCAAAACAACAGAACUCUUCCAAAUUUUGAAACUUCUACAGCCACCAAAUGGAACAUUACAGAGUAUGACAGGUCAGGAAGAAAGGAAACUGAAACUUCAGGAGACUUUAAAGGCAAUUGCUAUUAUGUUCAAAAGAUUAAGAAAAAUCUAUGAUAUAUUCACUGAAAACUCUGCAGAGUUAGAAUACACACACAUUGAUGUUCACAGCCUGGUUCCAAUGAAAGAUGAAAUGGAUACUAAACAAGAAGACAGAAAAGUGACAGAAAAAUUGAGAUAUUUCAAUGACGAGCACAAAGAAUUAGUAGAACAAGUUCGUCGAAAAAAUAAGCAGUUGAAAGAAGUAAUUGAUGCUCUCCGAAACAUUAUGUGGGAAGUAAACACAAUGCUAGCAAUGAGAAAAGCAUAGUUAAAGAAAGUAAACUCUUAUGAUAUUUGUUCAAACACAACUUUUUUACCUAAUAACGAGAUUUUCUUCCCUAAGUAUAUAUCAAGUAUGGUUUAAUGUUUAACCUAAGAAUGUUAAGUACAAUUCAGUAGGGUAAUGCAAAUGAGAAAUUACGUUUUAUAUGCCUUUUUAUUCCUACUAUCAAACGUGAAAAGUGUUUGAAAAUCUAAUAUUUGUUAAUUUCACAAAAAAGGUAGAUGAAAAGGUGUACAAUAAAGUUGUUUUUUUACUGUUUUUUUUUUCUGUAUGUCAAUCUUCUGGUUAAAGUGCCAAGAAAAAACCAAGAUAUUUGAUCACUGUGCUUUGUUACAGUUAUUGAGCUCACUAUAAAAGAAAAAAGGAUUGUAAUGAUAAAUGAGACUUCAUUUAAAAAAUGUUCACCUUUAUUUUUUUAUUUGGAAAAGUAUUAAAUAUUUAACUGCAUCAUGGAGAAAAGUACAAAAGAUUUAUUUUAAUUUUUUAGAACAUUGCACAAAAAUACACCCAUUUUUUAUUAAAAAGAAUUUAUCAAUAACAUGUUUAUCUUGUGUUUAUUAUUGCCAUAAAAAUUAAUAUCUUGUAAAACAUUUUGAGAAUAUUCAGCAUCAGUUUUACAGUGUAAUAGUAUUAUUGUAUUAAUAAUGUAAGUAUAAAAGAUAAGCAACUGUAAGACCAAAUAUAACAAAAACUGUCUGAUAAAAUAUGAAACAUAAUUUUUUCUUCUUUGUAACCAAAAGGAUCAGGGCAUUACUUGCAGUGUAACAAAUCACUGUAAUAGAUUUUUUUAAAAGUAAUGUAAACAUAUAAUUUUAUAUUUCUUUGCUUUAAAUACAUUUAUGAUGAAAUUACUUGUACAUACAGCAUCACUAUAUUGCAAAUUUAUAGUACAUGUAAAAAUAAAAUAAGUGCACUUAUUUUGUAAGUGGCAUAUUUGAACACUUUUACUUUUAAAAAUAAACAUUUAUACAUUAUAAGGUAACUACAGUAUGGCUUUGAAUUUUAUGCGUGAAGAAACAGGUUAAAUUUUUACCAGUUUAUAUACUUGACUAUUUGUUAAUGCAUUUGAUGUGGGGAUUAGUUGUCAUUUGUGUAUUAUGAUUUUGUUGUUUUCAUGUAAUUAACUUCAUUUUCAUGCAAAAAAAAAGUUUUUGAGGGCUAGAAAUGCAAGUUUCCAUUUGUAUUCCAUUCAGUGUUGUCUUUUCUCACAAAGUUUACAUACACAGUUUAUACUAAAGCUUCUUUGUGUCUCUAGAUGUUUUAUAAGUUCUUAAAUGCAAAUUAUAUUCUAAACUAAUCAUUUUAAUUAUAUAGAUUUCAUAAUAAAAAUACUUGAACUAGUUUUGUGUAAUUUUGUGAUUUCAAAAUAAAAUAAAAUGAGCUGUCUGCUGUAGCUCUAAUAUUCAUGCAAUAUGAUAGGAGCACUUUUAUCCUUUCAUGUUUUAAACAGUUAGGGCAAAAAUAAUUGUUUGUAAUUCAUAAUAAAAAUUCUUAAUGAUUCU